UAAUUACCUUUUGAGACAUGAGUCAUCCUCGCUCCGAGGGCCCAGACCCGGUGGACGCUAUAAAAGCCGCUCAAGGUCGAAGUGCAAAAGCGCAGUCUGCCUUCCCCGGGACUGAUAUAACUGCCGAGCCGCCCCAAGGAGAUGAAGGUGCUCCCCGCGUCUGGCCUUGCUGUGCUCCUCGUCACGGCUCUGAAGUUCUCCACCGCAGCCCCCUCCCCACCUGCAGCCACCCCCAGGACCUCAAGAAACAACUACCACCUGGCACAGGCCUAUCUUGACAAGUAUUACACCAGGAAGGGAGGCCACCAGCUCGGUGAGAUGGCCGCGCGAGGAGCCAGUUCCCUGGUCAAGAAGAUCAAGGAGCUGCAAGCCUUCUUCGGCCUCCGAGUCACGGGCAAGUUGGACCGGUCCACGAUGGACGUGAUCAAGAGGCCCCGCUGCGGAGUUCCCGACGUGGCAAACUACCGCCUCUUCCCAGGUGAACCCAAGUGGAAAAAAAAUACUUUGACCUACAGGAUAUCCAAGUACACACCAUCCAUGGCGGCCGCUGACGUGGACAAGGCAGUGGAGAUGGCCUUGCAGGCCUGGGGCAGCGCUGUCCCCCUAACCUUCGUCAGGGUGACUUCAGGAGAAGCGGACAUCAUGAUAUCUUUUGAAAGCGGAGACCACGGGGACUCCUAUCCGUUCGAUGGGCCUCGAGGGACCCUAGCCCAUGCAUUUGCACCUGGAGAAGGUCUGGGAGGGGACACGCAUUUCGACAAUGCCGAGAAGUGGACUAUGGGAACGAAUGGUUUCAACUUAUUCACCGUAGCUGCUCACGAAUUUGGCCACGCGCUGGGCCUGGCGCAUUCCACAGACCCAUCGGCACUGAUGUACCCAACCUAUAAGUACCAGCACCCCUACGGAUUCCACCUGCCCAAGGACGAUGUGAAAGGGAUCCAGGCACUGUAUGGACCCCGGAAAACAUUCCCGGGAAAGCCCACCGUGCCGCACGCCCCACCUCAAAGUCCAUCCACCCCCGACCUCUGUGACUCCAGCUCGUCCUUUGAUGCCGUGACGAUGCUUGGGAAGGAGCUCCUGUUCUUCAGGGACCGGAUUUUCUGGCGUCGUCAGGUGCACAUGAUGGCAGGGAUCCGGCCCAGCACCAUUACCAGCUCCUUCCCCCAGCUUAUGUCCAACGUGGACGCAGCUUAUGAAGUGGCCGAGAGGGGCACCGCCUACUUCUUCAAAGGCCCCCACUACUGGGUAACAAGAGGAUUCCAGAUGCAAGGUCCUCCUCGCACUAUUUAUGACUUUGGCUUCCCAAGGUAUGUACAGCGAAUAGAUGCUGCCGUCUACCUCAAGGAUGUGCAGAAGACCCUUUUCUUUGUCGGAGACGAAUACUACAGCUAUGACGAACGAAAAGGGAAAAUGGAAAAGGACUACCCAAAGAAUACUGAAGAGGAAUUUUCAGGAGUUAAUGGCCAGAUAGAUGCUGCUGUGGAAUUAAAUGGCUACAUUUACUUCUUUUCAGGACCCAAAGCAUACAAGUAUGACACAGAGAAGGAAGAUGUGGUCAGUGUGCUGAAAUCUAGCUCCUGGAUUGGCUGCUAGACAGGAAGGUCUCGUGUUUUCUAGGGAACGAACGCGAGCACAAGCAGCUGGUCCCUGGACGUAAGGACCAAGGCAGAAUGUAGGAUGGGGGUUCUUCCCGUGGCCUUCAAUCCUAAGGGCAAUUUCCA